AAGUUUGCAGCUAAGGAUUUAGAAAGAAAGUCAAAGAAGUGUGAAAAGGAAGAAAAAGCAGAGAAACUGAAGUUAAAGAAGGUAACUAAUUUGUUUGUGUGAAUUAAUUGCGUAAAUGAUUUUUGAUGGAAAAAAGUUAAAAUUUUGCUCAAUCUGCAUUCUUGAUUCUUUCAAGGCUAUCCAAAAAGGAAAUGUAGAUGGAGCUAGAAUACAUGCUGAAAAUUCCAUUAGACAAAAGAAUCAGGUAAGCAGAUCAAUAUCUUACUUCUCGUAAUUGUUAUUGGUGGAUUAUUGUUCAGACUAAUGAUGAGAAUAAAAUGAAUCAUUAACUGUCUACUUGAUUACAUAGAAGCUUGGUAGUGUAAAAGAUAAACAUUUGGUUCUUGAACUUUGACCUGAAAGUAAUAAUGUGCACUUAAAAGGUGGUGAUAUUUUUAUUUACUUAUUUAUUUAUUUAUUUAUUUUGUUUCCUGUCAUACAGAUUUUGCUAUUGAGUUAAAUAUUUAAAACUUAUUAUUUUAUUUCAUCGUAGGCCUUGAACUUUAUGCGACUAAGCUCAAGAAUUGAUGCCACAGCAUCUCGAGUGCAGACAGCUGUUACAAUGAAACAGGUGAAAAAAAAAAAAUGAUUAAGGAGUCAAUGAAACAGAACUAAUAAACCCAAACUGCUUUUUUCUGCUUUGCACGUGCACUGGUGUGCAAGUUCUAUUAAGUAUUGGCAUCAGAAAAGGUUUUUCAGGGCUGUCAUUAAGAUUUCAAGUUUUUGGGUGCUAGGUACAACAAGCAUAGGAGAAUCAAACAGCAUGAAAUUUCUUUAGUGUGGUUCAAUUUUUCUUCCAUUCUCCUAGCCUGGGAUUCAUUGGUUCAUUUUAUUUCACACUAUUUAAGUAAAAGUUCACAGAUUUAAGUUACAGAUUGCCUUGAAUAGUUAAUAUUAAAUAAGAUAAAACAGAGUCGUGAGUAUAAAAUUGAAUGUGCGUGAUAGCCAAAGUAGCAUUUACUUUCGAGUUGGCUACCACCUACUUUAGAAUAAACAAAAACACACUGAGCUUAAUAAACAGGGAAUCAAAAAGCCUAAGACCAGCAUAAUAUUAUUUGGAACUAAAUGACGGCCCUUGGAUUUUAGGAAUUGCAAAAUACCAAGUGUAAAAUUUGUGUGCACAUAAAUGUUUUUUUACAGUACAUAAUCAUUAGUAACAGUCUUAACUUUUUUCUAUAUGACUGUGUAACAUUAGGUGACUGGGUCAAUGGCUGGAGUUGUAAAAUCAAUGGAUUCAGCUAUGAGGUCCAUGAACUUAGAAAAGGUAGGUUUUCGUUUUCCCCCUCUUUACAGACCUUCUGUUGUUGUUCUCUUAAGAGAUCAUGGAGUAUUUUUUAAGAUACAGGGCCCCCAUGGAGACCAGCCUUAGAGCUGAAUGGGCUACCCUGUGUAAAUAAAGUUUUGCUUUACUUAACUUUACUGUAGUGUACAUGUGGAAACAAUAACCAUGGGGGAAUUUAUUGACUGUUAUCGAUAGUGGGUGGGGGUGGUAAAUGAGAAAAUAGUUGGUAUGUGGAAAUUUUUUUCUCAUACUUUGCACUUGUUCUCACGUGCUCCACUCUCACUUUUCCAAGGACACAGUUUAAGUUUAAGUUUAAUGAUGCUUUUUACCACCGUACAAAGAUAUACUAUAACUAAUCAAAACAAUCAUCAUAAAAACUAUAUAUAAAAGUACAGUAAGUAAAGGAAAGCAAUAGGGGGAAACUGAAUUCCCAUAUAAAAACUGCUCCAAAACUAAAAGAUAAUGCAAUUAUCAAAAACAGAGUAUUUAAUAUAUAACUGUAGAUUAUCUAAGGAAAAAGAAACUAGAGGUUAGGAACUACUUAAACAAUUAAGAAAAAAAAGAAAAUCCAAAAAUAGUAAGAAAUAAUGAAAUAAUGACUAAUUACAAGGAUAAUUAAGUAAUCAAGUUUCAAAAGAGUUCAAACUGGAAGUUGACAUAACAGAGUUAGGUAAAGAGUUCCAGUCAUUAACGUAACAGUUAAAAAAUGAAAAUUUAAAAUAGUUUGUCCUUGCUGCUCUAGGCCUGAUUUUAAAGUCAUGGUUCUGUACACACUUGCCAAAUAUGACUCUUCGAUCUCCCUCCAAAAGAAAAGAAAAAAUCUGCACAAACAAUCUAUUUUUGUCAUUAUUCCAAACAAUGUCUUGCUUUUAAGCUAGAAAUCAUGUUAGCUAUCCAAAGUAAAAAAAAAAAUUAACCUUAACAUUUUUUUAAUGAUUUUUUUCUUCAGAUUUCUGCUUUGAUGGACAAGUUUGAGCAGCAGUUUGAACAUCUUGACGUUCAAUCAAGCUACAUGGAACAGGCCAUGAGUGACACUACAACACUCACAGUGCCACAGGUGGGGCAACAAUUUUUUUCAACAUUUUUUUGUUUACUAGAAGAGUGCGUGGGUACCAGCUACUGAUAUGACUCAAACCGUGUUUCAAUAUUUUUCCUUUGUGUGUGGUUCACAUAAAAAAUUAUGCAUAGCCUAGCUGUGUGUAGCUGUACACACAUGAACUAACAUAAUAUUAUUAUGCAUAACGUAUGCAGCACAGUUUGUAGACUAAGAAAUAAAUUAUCAAGACGUUUUGCAGCAGUAAUUUGAGAGUGGAACAUGGGUCCUAAGUAAUGACUGACAAUUUAUUCAAGAAUGUAAAAAGCCGAUGUAGCUUCCUUAAGCUUAUGCAAUUCAAUGAGACACACUUUAACAAAUGUUCAUUUUUCAAGUUAUACUCUUGAGUAUGUUUAACUUGAGGAUCUCCAGCCUAGUCUUGUGCGUCAUCAAGUUUUACAUAUAGAUAAGACGCUUUCAGUCUUAAGUCUUUCUUCAGCCACACAUGCAAGUAUUAUUACAAUAUGUUGUAGUAAUUAUUUUAUCCUCCAUUCAAUACAAGCAAAUCUUUACCAUAGUUCACUCAUACAUGCCAUAUAAUUAUAUUAACAUUAUUUAACAAGUGCUGUGGGAACAUUACACCUGUAUGUUAAAGUACAUUAGCACAGUCAUCAGGAACUAACUACAAUAAUAUUGUGCAAUGUAGAGUGCCAUCAAGGGGGUAUUAGCAAUACUUAUGUGCGUAUGCCUGUAUCUAGCGAUGUGAAUCCCUUGCACUGGAAAUGCAUUGUUUACCAACAUCCUGUGAUUGCACAUCAAGUCGGCCUUGGCCUGUGGACUCUGUGCGUGCACAAUUAUGCCACUAACCAGCAAACUGAUAAGUGCUGAUUUGUAUUUUAGGGACAGGUGGAUAAUCUUAUGCAACAAGUAGCAGAUGAAGCAGGGUAG